AUGGGCGAGACUUUAGGCAGCAGUUGUGUUGUUACAGACGGUUCCAAAGAACCAUGCACUAUUGUGUUUCACGAUGUGGAAAAGACUGAAAUCAGAAGCGGUUACGCCGCCGUUACUGAUGUCUUGUGUGAUGUCGAUUACUUUCCGUACCCUCCGCAAACACAUGAACAGCUGGAGAAGGCACAUCUGUACGUAUUGGCGUGUUGUAUAUCCUCCUCGGAACCAACAUUUCCACUUGAUUCACAUCUAGGAGAGGAGGAGGUAAUGAAAAAAGAUGUGGGUACUGUUUUGGUUGGUGCCGUUGGUGUGGUGUGGGUUCCCUUCUCAUCAGGUGCAAUGGUUGAGGGAUAUAUACAUGUAGUUUGGGUAAGGCCGGACUAUCGAAGGCACCGUGUUGCUUACCGGCUACUGGAACGCACUUUAGCCAUGACACAAGUCGGAAAUCCACCCAAUAAGAUUUUACGUUGGCGCUUACACACAAUGUGCACAUCCUUGAACACACGCGAGUAUCUUAGUAGGUUUCUACAUGAAAGGAAAUCUAGUUCCGCAACGGCAAGCGAUGAUGAUGACGUUCAUCUACUACUAAAAGAAACAGAAACACUGAUUACGGCUGUACCACGCAUGUACGAGCGGCUAGGUUUCUGUGUGAGACGGAAUGUCUUUAAGUACUACGAUGGAAAGGCUGACGGUGUGGAAAUGAUAAAGGUUGUCCCCGGUGCAGGGAAACGACGUUGA